GCGCUGUGUUGCACCCGGACGAUUAUUCGUGUUACGCAGUGCUCUCAUUUCCGCCAACGAGCUGUUGACGAAUGCUAAGCGCUGUUAGCAGCUAAGGAGCAAGACGUGGAUGGAGAGAAAGGAACGCCGCCAAGAAAAAGGCAAAAGGCGUCAAAAUUUUGGAAUAAUUUUAAACUAAAUAGAAAAAAAUAACACAGCUGAGUGUGUGGACUAUAGAACUGAAAUCGCGUUGACACGUCCUGGAUGCUGCGACACCUCAACAGGAAACCCACUACGUGCUUCAGCUCCUUAACUGCUGAUAACAGGAAGUGACGUCAUAUUAGGAAGUGAAGCCCGUCUCUGUCCCGACAGCAAUGCGCUGCUCCUGCUACAACAACAACUGACAUUUGCGGCCUGCUGAGCCGCAGAGUGCAGCGGGUUAAUGUAUCUGCGGACAGGUCGUGUGUGCGCUGAAGCCCCGGAUGUGUGUGUGGAGUCGGCGGAAAUGACCCUGAGAUGACUCAGCAGUGGCUUGGACAUCGAUGAUUCAACAGAAGAUGAGGCGUGCUCUGUUUGUCCGACUCGUCAUCGCUUGUUACCAUAGCUACAUAAACCACACUGACAUGGACACUGCACUAUAUUUUCUGUGAUAAAAUGUCCCUGGCUGAGCAGUCUCAGAAGUGGUUUCCAACCCAUGUCCAAGCCACCGUUCUUCAGGCGUCCGGUUUACAGCCCAAAGGCAAAAAUGGCACCAACGACGCCUACACCAUCAUCCAGCUGGGGAAGGAGAAGUACUCCACGUCGGUGGUGGAGAAGACGGCCGACCCCGUCUGGAGGGAGGAGGCGUCCUUCGAGCUGCCCGGUCUGCUUCUGGAGGGGAACCCUGAAGUGUACGUGCUGUCGCUCACAGUGAUGCACCGCUCCUUAGUGGGGAUGGACAAAUUCCUGGGCCAGAAGACCAUCAACCUCAACGAAAUGUUUGAUAACAAGCAACGAAAGAAAACCGACUGGUUCUCCUUGGAGUCCAAACCAGGGAAGAAGAAGAAGGACCGGGGUCGGAUCGAGGUCAGCAUCCAGUUCAUGAGGAACAACAUGACGGCCAGCAUGUUCGACCUCUCCAUGAAGGAGAAGCCGCGCUCGCCCUUCUCCAAGCUGAAGAACAAGGUGAAAGGUCGCAAAAACGACGGCGGGGGCGUCUACGGCGACACGUCUUCGGCCAUCUUGCCCCGCUCUGCCGUGUGCGACGCGGAGCCGAGCGGCCGGCCGGCGGAGACGAAGCCGGAGACGAAGGUGAAGCGGUCUCUGCUGUCCGGGGGCCAGAAGCUGUCAGCGGCCCACUCCAUGUCCGACCUCAUCGGGAACCACUUCCGACCCAAACUGGACUCCAUGAACUCCAUCGAAGAGAGCGGAAGUACAGGUGGCCCUCACCGGCGUUCCCAGAGCGAGGUGCCUGGAUACCAGGACGGAGAAGCACACAGUGACCCUUUCACUGAUAUCAGUGACACGCUGCCACAGAAGUAUGCCACGCUCCCACGCAACCGCAACCCGUUUGAGGGCGAGCGGGGGCAGCAGCCGUGGGAGCGGGCGGAGCGGAGGGAGAAAAAGGAGAAGGUCAGCCUGCUGGAACGUGUGACGGGGAAGAAGGAGGGCCGCAGGGCCGGCAACGGGGGCCGGUCGGGGAGCUCUGGAGACCUGCGCUCUCCCAACCCGUUCAGCGCCGACGCCGCGGCCGACACCAACCCGUUCAGCUUUGGCUACAAAACCAGUGACAACAAGCACAGGGGAAGCGAGGACGGCCUCUUUGGGCAGAAGAAGAAGAAGGACAUUUUCGGCAAGAAAAACGUGGUGCCACCAGACACGGCAGCCAACUACAGCAACCUGACCUUUGACGAGGUCGUCCAGGAACUCAUCAAGCAGAAGGAAGUGGUCCGGAAGAAAGACGCGCACAUCCGGGAGCUGGAAGACUACAUCGACAACCUGCUGGUCCGCGUCAUGGAGGAGACGCCUAGCAUCCUACGGACUCCCUACGUGCCCAAAAAGAAGGCCGGUAAACUCUCAAAAAAGAAGAACUAAAAGAAACACUAGAUGAAAAGUCACUAAUAAAUGUUCAGAAGGAGGUCAGGGGUCAAGGGUCGAUCAAAUUCAAGCAGCUUUACUUUAACUUCCUGUUUUAAUUUAAAGGUCGGGGUUGCUUUUAAUAUUUGUUGCUUUACUGAAAGACAAACGAUUCAUUGAUGUUUCAAGUCAAGACGUUAUCUUGAGCAGGUUUUGGUCUGGAUUAUUUUAAGCUCUGUCGUAAUUUAUUGCACAUACACUUGCCAUAAUCGGCCGCAAUGCUUCCAGACUUGUUUACCGGACGCGUUAGCUGCAGUUACGUUACAAAUUAAGCUGUUUACAAUCGAUUUCAGACAUUUUAGACCGGCAGCUCUGUCCUCUACAGAUAUUCCUAGACUGACUGGAAGAUGUUUUCCCAAGAACAAAUAUUCAUGUUUUUUAAUGUUAUGAGUUGGAGGGGUUAAAACUUUACUUACUAUAAGUGCAAUAUAAUCACUACGGAAACAUGUUGCUUUACAACCUGCUGGUAUUUCUCUUGUUUACAUUUGAAUCGUAUGUUUGAGUUAAACUCGCCUCUUCCUGUUGAUCUGAUUGGUCGUUUCCUUCAAAGCUCUGCUGAUGAUUGUAUUAAUGGUACACAAGUGGCUCUAUGCUGCACAUAUCUUUAUUUAUGCUGCACAAUCCUUUAUUUAUUAGUGUUUUAUAGCUCAUAUGAAUGUUACUUUAAUUGGUGAGACGUACUGUUAGUGCAAAUCAAAUAUCAUUUUUCCCAAGGUGUUCAAAAUGAAGUGUUCUCUAAAAACGUCGUGACAGAAAAGAUGUUGUUGGUUGCAUCUUUAUGAUCACUCCUGAUUUUGAAAUGUUUGCUUCACUUUCUGGAAGUUGGUUUCUAAAACGGAGAUCAUCCAGAACUUCUGUAAGAUAAACUGAAGUUACAAACUGAUUGCUUAGUCGGUGAGAUAAAGAUUUUGCUUUCCAAUUAAAACAGGACACAGGGCGAUGAUUCUUGUAAGAGUAACUUUUUUACUUCCGAUACGAUACCGAUAUUGGAGCUUUGAAUUUCAGCUGAUACCGAUAUUGAUCCAAAGCAGCACAAAUCACACAUAUAGGGUUCAAACUGGUGCUUGAAAUUCAUGGAAGUGCUUGAAUUUCUAUUCUGUGUUGUCAGGGUUUGGAAAGUCCUUGAUUUCUUUUGUAAAAUUCUUCAAAGUCUUCGGUCUGGUGCUGAAGUUAUUCAAACUCCCCUGUUUUGUAAUAAACAUUACUUACAGUUGAAACCAGAUAUUCAAAGAUAAUUAAAUGACAGAUACACAUUUUUCCUCGAUGUCUGAAGUUAAAUCAGACUAAACUUCUGUUGUUUUAGGUUAGUUAGAGUCAUCAAAAUUAUUUCUAUUUGCUAAAUGCCAGAAAACUUAGCAAGAGCAUUUUCUUUCCCAGGUGUAUAGGGUGUGUGUGAGACAUUUCAAACAUAAAAUUUUGUUUCUUUUUAUUUUACCUUGACCCCACGGUAGGGUGUAGAAUACUAGGACUUUCACCAUAACAGUUUUUUGGAUGAUAAAUUGUCCCAGAAAUAUUGGUGUUUUUAGGCCUAUUUCAGGUAACAUAAUGGUAAUAACUGUAUAAUAACACCAGAAAACAUUCUCAAAGAUUAUUAAACAAAUAUCUAGAAUAAACAAAACAACUAAUAAAAUUAAUUAUGAAGUCUGUAAACAAAAUUGCCCUUCAGUUUUGUUUACACAGAAAAGCGCCAGACUGAAGACUCUUAUCACCCAAUUUUUCAUAGAAAGAGAGAAAAACGAUAAAUCAUUUCAGUGGAAAUGAGUGAAUUCGUUUUAAUUUAUCAUGCGAUUUACUGAUUUAUUGUGAAAAGCCUAGUUUGGAUAGAAAUUCCUUUUCAGAGACUGUUAGGAACAUGACUGUAUGUAAGUGGCUGUUUUGAAGCAACUGAUUGAAUUGCUCUUUGCCAGCCACAUGAAGUCACAUCAGUGGGUUGAGUAAGUGUGACAGCUAUAUAAACUUGUGUGGACAACAACGUUCCCACCAGAGUGAGAGACUCCCCUGAUCAUAAACCCUGUGAGCUAACAGAACUGUUAAACAACUAAAAAAAGAGCAUAUUAUUCAAUUGAAUUUGAAUUUGUUUACAUAACAUGUGCCUAUCAGUUUGAUAUGUAAUCAAUUGAUUGACGCUGGGAGAUACAUGAACUCAUAACCAUGAUGUAUGGGAGCUAAAAGCUUUAUAUUUAUCUAACUGACAUGCAAAUUAAUGUUAACACUUGUUAUUUCUUCUGCUUUAAACAUUAAAACACAGCAAACUUCCAAAAUCAGAGUGAAUUAUUCUGAAAUCUGAUUGCCAGUGUUGCAGGUGCAUCUGGUCCUAAUGGGUUAACUCUGCCUUUACUGUGCCUCGUCUUAAUCUGCUUUUUCUCUUGACAUUCCUCAGACUUUUACACUUUGAGUCCUAACGGCUCAUUUGUUCAUAGCUCUUAAAGGUAGAAACACUUUUACUUGUCAUUUAGUUCAGAUUUAAAACUGUUCAUUCAUAUUUUGAUGUUUUAGCAGCUUUUUACCUCUCUGAUGCUAAAUAACAUGGUUUAUGUUAUUUAAAGCAACUCUUUUUAACUCUGUUUCUAAUUGAGAAGUGUGAAAUAUUUGUCUGUUUAGCGAGUGAAGCUGAUGACACGGACAGACAUUUCAUAAUUUUUUUUAAGAUGAGGGUCUCUGACAGAUUUACAUCUUUAAUCGAAAUGUUGAGUGCAUCUCUCAUUUUUAUUUUACUAGUCAUGUUUUUUUCAUUUUAAACAUUCAACAACCUUUUACUCUAAAACUGAUCGGACCACUUCCACUCAGAGUUACUAGAGAAAAUUAUUGUUUUUGCUGGAUGGAAAAGACUAAAAGCAGAACACAUUCGACCCAAACGUUGAGAGGCUGUUUAUUUUUAUUUUAUUAAGGUUAAGAUCUUUUCCGACCUACAGAAACAACAUUAUUUUCUCCUUUAUCAUCAACACGUUAAAGCACGUUAAAUUUUUAACAUUUUUUAUGCAAGUUCUUAAGCAAAAUUUACUUUUAAUACCUAAAAUAAGCUUGUAAGAGUAACUGACUUAAACUGUCCAGCCUGUCUUUCUUUCUUUUCAGUAUUUAUAGAAAAGAUUCACCUCAUUUUACAAUGUCUUUUUUAUUUCAUAAUAGAAGAUUCUGUUCUAAAAUUUUAAAAUAUAUAUAAAUGUUAUGUUAAUUUGUUUUGUAGGUACAUAUUUAGUAAAUCGUCUUUUGCUGUUAGUUUUAUUUUUUUUUUAGAAAAGCUGCCAACUCCUGGAUUAGAUGGACAGCUGAAGGGGUGUGAAUACUUUGAGGUUUUUUUUUUUGUUUGUUUUUCUUGUACUUUCAUCUAUUUCUUGUUGGUUUAAAGUGAACUGGUUGAAAUGUUGGACCUUUACACUGUCGGCACAGCAAAAACGCAAAACUUUACCUAGUAUUUUUGAUUUAGCUUCUAGUGUAAAUAUUUUAGUACACGUGAAAUACAAGAAAACAAACUAACAAGUAACCUUUCAGCAAAACGUAGGAGUUUAAGUCAGUAAUUCCUGAAUAUUGAUUAAAAGUACUGAUUAAACUGGCAGAUUAUUUCAGUUAUAGCAUUUAAGAAUAAUCUGCCAGUGGAUCUAGAACUGUUGUUGCUAGGCAACGGACUGGGCUUGGCUGGUGUUGCCAGGUAACGGCACAUGGCCAGUUGAUUGCGAAAUAAUCUGCCUUAAACAAUAUUAGGAAUUAUUCACUUAAAAUAAGCUGUAACAUUGAAAAGUUACUUGUUAGCUGUUUUUACUUCAAGUGUACUAUGAUAUUUGCAUUUCCAAAAAUACUUGGUAAGAUUUAGUGUUUCUGCAGUGUGAAGCCUCCUCACUGGGCAGAUUAUCCUCCAGUCCAAACAUUUUACUGGUUUCCAUUCACAUAUUACUUUCUGCUGCUGUGAAAUCGCCGUUUUGCUGCUCUGUGAUCGUUUUUUCCGACUCGAGGUCAAAAUCUCCCUGUACUGAAUGUAUUCUGCUCUUCUUUUGUAAAGUGGAAACACUAUGGAGGCCGUUGACCCGCUUGCCUUUAAAGUAUUGGGUUCAUCCUGUUCUCUCGCUAACGUCACGCCCUUCAUUCAGGACUGUUAAUGAAUGAGCUUCUGCUGGAACUGAUUUGUUUAGUUUUUUUCUGAUGCCAAAAAAUGUCGGAGUUGGUGUGUGAGUAUGAUGUGAUGCUAAUCUGCCUGCACGCUCUAGUUCAAACUGUAAUUUUAUUUAGUUCUCUUGUUGUUUUUUUUGCGUGUUCUCGGGCCUUUCUGAACUCUUGGUACUUCCAUUGUACAUAUUGUGUAGAUGAUUUGUGACUUUUGGUCCUUACUGGGGAUUUCUCUGUCUACUUGAGGACCACAUUUCAAAAUAUGGGGGAUGAAACUGACUUAUAAGCAAAAUGAAUGCCUGUAUGAAUUUUUGUCAGACUAAACGUCGUGGUGAUUGUGGAACAGGUUGUUUACCCGCACAAUCUCCCCCCAAAGCCUGAUUGCUUUGCUUUAAUGACAGAAUGUAAAAGAAAAGGUCUGACGACGUUUUAAUGUAGAAUAAAUGUGGACCCUGAGGUUAUUUAGUUCAAAUGAAAGCUGAAGGAGGGGGGCGGCGGGGUGACUAGUUCAAAUUAAUUAAUUUUGCCUGUCAUUUCUUUGUUUUCCUUUAGCUUGAUUAUUGCAUUUGCUUUAUGCUUCUGCAUAAUUGGCUGCUUUUGUAGACGUCAAACUAAAACACAAAUCUAAAUGUCAUUCAUUUUAUCACAGCGGAUGUAGAGGAUCCUCUCUGCAGGGAGACUGAGCUGCAUCAUGAUUGUUGAUUUAUUUUAUUCAUUAAAUGUUUUGUGGUUUAUUAGGACCGCUAGUAGGGAUGUGUAAAAAGCCUUAAAAUAAAUCAACAACUCUAGCUGGAUGAUAAAUUGCCCCAGAAGUUAUUCAAAAUAACAACAAUGUUGUUAUUUUGAAACAAUUUUAGUACAAUAUAAUGCAAAUUCACCCUCCCAAAGAUAAAUAAACUUUAAUUUCCUAAAGAACAGUUAACUCUGGAGCUGGAAGAUAUUGUAGAUAUCCAAAGUAACACACAAUAAAACAAUAAAUAAAACAAAUAAACACCACACACAACCAAAACCACAAAUAAAAUUGAUUUUGUCUUCCUUGUAAACAAACUUUCCCUUCAAAAUUAAUCAGCAGAAUGUAAAUUAUCAAGCUCAUUUUAAUUUAUCAUGAAAUUAAUUGCUUAUUACAACAGAUAAUAAGCAACAGAUAAUCUGUGCAUAAUCUCACAGAUGAAAAAAAAUCUAACUUUUAAUCUGAGUACAGUUAUUCUUGGCAAAAUGAUCAAAUAUCCAGCAUUCCUAACAAUUCCUAAAUGGAACUGAAGCUUUUUUUAUUUUAUUUAUACUUUGCUUUUUGAGGUUGACGUAAUCUGUGACUUCCUGCUUCUCUGGGUGUAAAUAAGUUUUUGAGUCUUUUUACACACAUUUGUGACGGGUACCAAUAAAUAUGAAGGGCGCUGUAGUUUUCAAAUACACUAAGCACUGAAAAUGUUUGGAUGUUUCUGCUUAAAACUACCUUCUGUCAUAAAAGAUCAAAGUUAAUCGCAAUACUUGGUGGUGUUUAUUGUGGGAAAUGUUGUUGAUGACAAAACUGCCCAGUUUCCCAUGAUUAAGUUCAGUAUGCCAGUUACAUUAAGGUGGAGUUAGGGGCUAACAUUAGUUUUUUAAUGGUACACUAGUAAAAUAUGGAGCUGAAUGUCAUUCCUGCAUGUCUGUCACAUGUUUUUGUAUUUCACAUCUGCCAGAUUUUGUGUCUUUUCUUGGGCGUUAAGCCUUUAUUUCCCCCAAACUGGGUUCAUUUUUAUCAAAUGUCAUCCAACCCAGGUGUAGUUGGUGAAACUCUGCAAGCUGGUUGGCAAGUUUGGAGGUAAAUUAACCUCUUUUUAAUUUAUUUUUAAGAAAAACUUUUACUUUGUAACCAGUAUGCAAGAGUUUCAUCUGUGAACGUUUGAGGACAAGAAUGUAUUCCUCUUUGUAGAAAAACACGGAGCUGCUGGAAAACUCUGUAUUGACAACCAUGUCAGGCUGUUUCAGGUUAUCUGUAUGUAAAGUGCCAUCAAAAGCAUCCUUGAGAAUCUGGUGAUGUAUGUCUUAAUAUUCACCAUUUCUUCACGUGCUUUAGACCUCGUCACCGCCUGUUUCACAAGACUGUAAAUGUUCUUUUCAAUAAAGUCACUG